CCACCACACACAAUCACAUUAUCAAUCAACUCCGCGAUUUAUAAUAAUAAUAAUAAUAAUAACAAAAUAAAAAAUAUCAGUGGACAGACGUCGCAGGCACGGAGGAACAGAGCGUAAUCUCAGAAAAAUAAUCUCCUUUAAUGCGUUUUCGUGUGACCUAAAUUAUAAUUUUUCUAAACGCUUCCCGUAAAUUGUCAUUUCGUCCGGCCGUGUCGACAUCGCUGAAAAAUGGACGUGGACAACGACCCACUGGACCAGAACCUCUUGCGCCAGUUCAACUGUCUGUGCACGACGGACAAGGAGAAUCUGGUCAAGGGUCUGCGAGAGCUGAUUGGCGAUCAACUAACGGAGUCCGCGGCGGUGUUCUUCCUGGAGAUGAACGACUGGAACAUGCACAGGGCUGUCGGUACAUAUUUUGAUGUUAACAAUGAAGGGGCAAUACCGUCCAUGUCUUUGGUGAGAGACGAAAACAGUGAAAAUGUCUUGCAGUUGCCACCAAAUCUACGGUUCACCAAAUCUUGGGAAGUCAAGAACAAUGGUCGCAUGAAGUGGCCACCUGGUUGUACUCUUCAGUUCAACGGAGGAGACUCCAUUUCUGUUUUCACUUCGUUGCCGACAACAACGCUUGAACCUGGGUGUACCAUGACACUGAGCACUGAUUUUAUAACACCUUCUAAACCAGGAUCGUACCAGUCUAAAUGGCGUAUGAUGUUGCCAACGGGAACAUAUUUUGGAGAUACAAUUUGGACUUUAGUCCAGGUAGAAGACAAUGAUUCAUUUCAAAAUGAACUAUCUAGACAGUUAGUUGAAAGCAUUAAUUUGGGUUCUCCAAUGCAAAGCCAACCAAACAUUUUAAAUCCUUUUUCUUCAUCACAGCAAAACCAACCAGAAAAUCAAGACACUGAUCAAUCUCAAACGAAUAUGGAAAGUGAUGUAUUGUGAUUAUAAAUUUGGUGAUUUGAGACUCAACUUGUUACAUUAUUGAACAUUGGAUAUAAUAAUUUUUAAUUUUGUUACAAACAUUAUUUUAAUAAUAAAUAGUUUUAAAUAAACCUUUAAUUACGUAGAAGUAAUUAAAAGGUUAAAAAAAAAAUUAUGAUUUCAACAUAAAGUUAGUAAUUAAGAACUCUAUUUAAUUUUUUUUUUCUUUGUUUUGUCAAAUGAAACUAUUUUGCAAAAUCCAAGUUACAUUAUGUCAUGAUCAGGUGUCUGUUAUAUAAAUUGUACAGUUUAUAUUUUAUUGUUUUGUCAUGACAAUAUAUAUUUUUUGUUACAUAACUAACUAGUUCUGUAAGUAUAACUAGUUUUAUUAAAAUAUAAUAAGACAUUUUUAAAAAAACAAUUAAAUGUUUCGCAUUUUUUAAGCAAACAUAAUUUUAUAUACAUAAACAAAUAUGUAUAUAUUAUAUACCUUAUUUUAACAGUUCUCAUAUUUACAUAUUAUUUUAUUGGUUUACAUUAUUUAUAUCUUAAACAAAAUAAUGCCAUAAUUAGUACUGCUCAAACGCUUGCAUUUUAUUUCUUAAAUUAUUUAAAAGCUGUGGACGUCUUAUAUAAAUAUUUAAUUUACAAUUCUAUGUAUACGUUGUUCAACUGUUAUUUGAACAAAAAUGAUGUAUGCAUGUAUACAACUUAAAUUAAUUAAUAUAAUCUAUUUUAUUAAAAUAUA